AUGCCACAAUGUUGCUUUGCUGGUUGUCAUAACCGCACCGAUGAUGGACGAGGCCUAAGCUUCUUUAGGUUUCCUCGUAGAGAUGCUGCUCGAACAGCAUCUUGGAUAAAAGCCUGUGGUCGAAAGGAAUUUGUUCCAUCUCAACACUCACGUGUUUGUUCGCAACAUUUCAAAUACGAUGAUUUUGAACGGGAUAUUCGUUCGGAACUUAUGGUAAUCGGACAUAAAAGAUUGCGUCUAAAAGAAACAGCUGUACCUUGUCCUUCUUCUGUCGUCUUACAGAACGAUACUAAACAAGUGGAAUCAGGCAAAUCGGUAUAUAAUUCCAAAAGAAGAUCCACAAUCAACAGUCAUACAGAAUAUGAAGCAACACAAGAUAAUUCAGGUUCACUGUUCUCCGCAUUGGAAAAGGUAUUGUCGAACGAACCUUUGGGCGAGAUGGAGCCCACAACCAAGAGGCAAUGUUUUGAUGAUGUAUUAGAUUUAAGUCGGAAGUCUAACCAUGUUACUAAUGGAAAUGACAAGCUCUCCAGCAGGAAUGAUGAUGAUGUCAUUAUGCUGAGUGAGGAUGAGGAUGAUCGUCUACUUGGGUCUCUCUGCGAUGAAAUGGAAAAAGAAAACACUCCCAAGCAAUCACUUCUAUCCAAGUCGCGUGCAUUUCUUUUCAAACUGGAAAGUGAACUUAGAAACGAAGAAAGUGCGUUGCUGUUGCUUCAGCAGUUACGAGCCAAUCAGCGUUCGCAUGCGUUACAGCCGAAAAGUACUAAAGUCUCGUCAAGUGUAACAGCUACAAUGCGUAGUACACAAUCACCUGUUAACCAAGUUCGGCCAGCUGUCAGUCAAGCUGUGACCAGGAAUGUCCCGUCCACAGCUGGUAGUCGGGCAACGCAAUCUCCAGCUCAGAACACUACGGCGGUGAAUCCAACAAACGCGACGCCAAUAACUAAAGUAACGAAAGGAAUGGCUAUCCAUGCUCUCGAACAACAAUGUAGUGGCAAAAAAGCAAUGCUUCGGAAGCAGUUAGAGAGAACGCUAGAUAAAGUUGUCCUUCCAAAGCCCGCUGUGGGAAAUGGAUUGUCUGUAGUACCUUUUGUUCCAAGCACUUUGACAAAUGAGUUUACUUCAAUGAUAGGCCUUGAGGAAAUCGUAACCACCAUACAAGACUUUGAUCCAUUGAACACGGAUAAGAGUUCUGAACAAUCUCGCUUUAUUAACCCAUUCUCAUGUUCACGUUGUGGUACGGACUUCACGCCUGUUUGGAAACGCAAACGCCCAGGUUCAUCUGAAGUUGUUUGUGAAGCCUGUAUAGUUGACGGUCAACGUUCAGUCAUUCAUAAAGCAUACAGUAGUGUUAUUUCAGCUGCACUUAAACAACACGCUGCUUCAGAACGUGAAAUUGAGCAUGAAUAUCAAGACGUAGUCAAUUCACCAGCUAAGUUGGAAGCUUUUAUUAAAGAACAUGAACGUAAGCUUCUGGUUACUCAACAAGCUCAAGUGGCACAACAACAGCAGCAACAAAUGCAGCAAGUUGCUUCAGCUACUGGUUUACAUAAUCAAAGGUACCACCAACAACAGCAAGGGUUCCAGUCUCAGAAUGUAUUUAAUAAUGCUAGUAGCUCAAGGCAUGGACAAACAAAUGUGGUUAACAGCGCUUCCUCAUCUCAGUUAGGAAUGCCAAAUGUUUCGUCUCGUCGACAAGCUACAUCUAAUAACGCCAGUGUCAACUCUCCUGUUUCCCUACCUAUUCAGCAGCAGGGACAUGCAGCAGGAAAUGUUGUUCAGCAGUUGGCAUCUCGUUAUCAACAACUUACAAAAGCGGCUGUUGCUGCGGUUGUUGGUGGUGGUCAAAGUCCAGUUAAUCAUUCUGUUACUAAUAAUUCUGCCACUGCAAACUUGAUGAUGACAGCAGCCACAAAUCCUAUGCUUGCAGCAGUUUCGGCAACUAAUCAGCAACAGCAAUCGGUCGCCCAACAACAAUUAACUGCUGCAGCAUUGGCACAACAACGGCUAGCUGCAGUAGCAGCUCUAAACUUCCAGCAUCAACAACCACACCACACACAACCUUCAACUGGAGCAGUAACACCUAAUUCACCUAUUGAUCACUUAGCUCAGUUUACUCAGAUGCAGACAUUGUUAAUGAGCAGUCUCUUGGGAAAUGCAGCUGCUGCUACUGGGGCGCAAGCAACAGCUAAUACUAGACAACAACAACAGCAAAUAUUGCAGCAUGCACUUUUACAGUACACCUACUUACUACAACAGCAACAAGCUGCUGCAGCUGCUCAAGCUCAACAACAACAAAAUCAGCAAGUUAAUGCUGCCGCACUGCAACAGCUUAUGAGCGGUGCUGCAGCUAAUCCGGCAGCUUGUAUGACGUUGUUACAAAAUUUGUGGGCACUAAAUGCUGCGUCAAACGGUGUUAAGAAACCGAUUGAAUCGAGCAACCUCAGGCGCGCGGUUUCGAAAGAUGUUAUAUCUUUUCUGAAGGCCUGUAUUUCUACUCAUCAAAUGGCUGAAGACAGCAGUGGACUCGGUUACCGACUGGAGGAAAUCCAGUCCAGUAUUGCAGAAGGAAGGUUAAUGCUUAACGUUCUUCGCUCCCUUCCAACCACUGAGAAUAAUGAUGCGUUCAUAGUUCGUUUUGAGGAUCUAAUCAGUAGAUUAGAAAACUAUCAACUUCACAACAGGAAGAGCGAGGUGAAAGAUGUAAAGUUACAAUUGAGGACACUUAAGGAGCAACAAGACAGAAUUCAGUCUCUCCUUGACCAAACAGCGACGAGUAUACAGGAUUCUGGUUUAUCUGUAGCACCCGGUGGGUCUUCCAGUGAUACUCAAGCAAAUGUAAUGUUUUCAAAUUCAGCGUCAACACUGCUUUCUAAAUUUGAGUCCUUACUGUCCAACGGAAACAACCAAGGUUGUCAAAAAGAUGCUGAUCGGGUUCCUUGUAGAGUUAAUUGUUCACGCAACUUUAAACCUAAGCAAGAACCAGGGGACACUACCCAAGGAAACGAUAAACUAUCAACCCUUAACACUAAGCUAUUGUUGAAACCUCUAGAUUGUGAAGAGUCGACAGAUUUAUCUACUCAAUUCGAUGUGCAUCUGUCUGAACUACAGAAAUUGAUUGAAGAAUCGGAAAGAUUUGAUGAGAUGGUUAAACGACUUGUAUUAAUAACAAGGAAAGCAAAUCUUGGUGAAUCUACAAAGUUGCUGGGAGAUAUUUCGAAACGAUUCUCUGAGCUUCAGAUUAGUUUUAAUUCACUCAAAGAAAGUUAUGAUUCACUUCAUAGUGAACCUCAACUCCCUCCUGAAUUGCGCAAAGUUCAGCUUUCAAGUUUUCAUGAAUUUCUCAACAGUCUUAGCCGUAAUUUUGAUUCAACCAAAGAAUGCUUUUACACGAUUCAUCAUCUUGUCAAGGCUACUAUUAAACAACAACUAGCAAAUGGAACGCUACAGGAUGUAGACCAUAGUGAUGAUGAAAAUAAUUCAACUUUGCCUGUCAAUUCAACUGGUUCUGUUACUGUAAAAGACAGCAAUAUAGAACUAAAUACAAGCAAACAAAUUAAUCAUGAACACGUUGAAGAUGUUGAUCCUGAAUUUUUAACUCAGAAGGCUUAUUUAAUAGCAUUACAACAGCGUACAGCUCAAGAAAAAGAAGAAAUCGCAAAAUUAUUACAACAACGAGAUGAACUAGCUGGACGUUUGGCAUCACUUAAAGCAGCUGCCAGUAGAGCAUCAUUUGAUACUCUUGAUACUUCUGGCAACUUAGUCGAAUCAACUCAAACUGAUGAGCUGGAAAAUGGAAAUGAACGUAAUAAUGAAUCGGUCAGUGUAUCACCUGAUAUACUUUCUAGUUUGGAAGCUAAAAAACGUGAGUUGAAUGAAUUAAAAACUCAACUUGAACUUCUUCGCAAGGCUGAAGCUAAAAUCGCUGAAUUUACACCGGUUCUACAAGGUCCAAGAGAUAUAAAUAAUUCAAACAUUGCCACUCUGCCACAAGAGACGUUAGACAAUAAGCGAGUCACUUCUGUUUCGCAGUCCAUUCUUCCAGAAGCCAGUUCACCUCGGACAAGAUUUGAAAUUUAUAAAGAUGACUCUGAUGAUCUAGUUAAUACAAAACCUGCUGAAAAUGUAUCAUUGUCUUCGGAUUUAUCAACUAAAGCUGAUUCUGUAACUUUUCAGCAACCAGAGGUGACCUGUAUUGAUAAUACCGAACGUUUGUAUGUUAACAUGCGUGAGGCACGAAUACAAAUAGAAGAACAACGGAAUCGAUAUGAUCGGAUCACUUCAACUGGAAUCAAUAAUACCAAUUCUAGCACUCAAAAACCAUUGCAGCAUGUCAGUUGUAGCGGUGCUUCUGUCGCAACUAGUCAAGAUAGAACAACUCUAGCAACUUGGGGUGGAUCUUCACCUGUCCCUUCUUGUUCAUCUGAAGCUUCUGAAACAAGUGACGAAGGAGAUGGAGUUAGUGUUUCUGACUCCUUACCUUUAAGUACACGUCUUUCAGUGUGUGCAGUUAAUAAUGCUCCUAAUGUUAUUCGAUCUGUUCCCAAUGGGCAUUCGAAAAGUGUAACCAGCUCUGUUGCAACCAGUUCUUUGGAUAUGCCUGGUGAACCAUGUUCAGUUAUCAAGAGAGCAUCAAGAAAAUGUAAAGAUAUUCACAGAAAUAAUUUAGAUAAUGUUUAUGUUUCUUCUACUGGUGAUGUUCCGUAUAAAUUAUCACUUCCGCAGGUUGGUCGAAGUCCAUCUCCUCCAACUCGCCACAAAAAUAAAUCAGGGGAUACUGAAAUACAGGAUGGUUUAAAUAAAUUGAUUGAUCAACGUUUACACUCACAACAAAAUUCAUUAGGUGAACAUACUAAUGCCUCUACUAACCAGAAUACUGGAGUUUUGGGUCAUAUAGUUGUUGCAUCAAAUUGUAAUGACUUUGAUGAUGGUCGAAUGUCAGAUCUGUCCGGUGCCAUAGCCAAUGAACGGAUUCAACGUUUAGAGACAAAUGUAGCUCAGCUCUAUCAAGUAUGUCGUUGUUUGAUGCUCGAAAACUCUCAUUUGAAUUCUGCAGUCACUCAGUUAAUGUUACACAACUCAUCUCACCAGCCUAUUUCAUCAAUCACGUCUUUGGAACCGUCCAUUUCAGCUGUUGGAUCUAUUGCAUUUCAUCAGUGUCAAUGUAGUUCAUCUGUUCCAAGUUAUAACCAAAUACUAUUAACUGACUCUGGAGCGUCUUACCAAGCAAUGCUUUAUAGACAAGAGCAUCCAUCAAAGAGUUUACCUUGUUCCUUGAAUGCGUGUCCACGAAGUUCUGUUGUAUACGCUCCUAAUAGUUUAAGAGAUACUGAUCAGCCACUUACACAAAGUGGUGUCCAUGAUGUUCCCCAGAUCCAACUGCUUAUUAAUCAAAUUAUGCAGCAACAAUCUAAUCUUACUCAAUUACAAUUGGAACUUCAUCGUUUGACGAGAUCACAGUCACAAAUUAAGCCGUCACUUCUUCCUACCGAUGGUAAUUUCUAUGGACCUUUAUUAUCUCAUCCGGAGAAUACUGGGUUAAGUUUUCCGGCUGUUACUGCUCAUUUACUACAGGGGACUGCAGGAUUUCCUCCGUCUGUCGAGUCAAUCGGCCGUCAGGUUAAUUUUACAGGAACCACUAAUUCUCCUCAAGUGCUUGGAAAUUCUCUCGUCUCACCCCAGACUGUGUCAGCCAACUGGUCUUUGAAUACCGUUCCUAAUGUUCACCAGUGUUCCAGAGAUGCUACAUUUUCAAAUAUAGGUCAAAGACCAUCUGUACAAACUGCAUCUAUUCCGAGCUCUGUUUUACUAGCUGAUCCCAGUGUGAAUCUUACAUCGCCUCAUGGUUCUUCUAUUGGUCAAAACAACAUUGGUUUCAAUAGACAUAUCUAAUAAUGAAUCAGAAAAUAUCCCACAUGGUAACGUUUGAUCUCACUUGAUAAUCAAUUUUAACAGUUAAUUUUAUUGUUGCAUUUAGUUUUACCAUUUUCGAAAUUUUUGUCUACAUUAUUUUUCUUGAGAAUGUAAUACAUUUCUUUUUAAUUUUGAACAAUGUGUUUAGAUCAGUUGUGUUUCCUUCUAAUCCCUUAUUCUAUAUCCAAAACUGACGGCUAUUUCACUCAACCAAAUAAAUCUUCCUUUAAUGCUCAUUAAAAAACUCUGUUUAUGAAAUAAGUUCUAUUUUAUUGUAGUUUUAAUUUAUUAACACCCUUUCGUUUUCAUAUUCCCAACCAUAAAAAGACAAACAAAUAAAUUAGUUGAAAUUUAGUUUCUAUGCAUUAUUAUUACAGAUCAUCUGAUAUAUUGUUUUUUAUCUUCAAUCUUGUCAACACUCAAUGCAUUAAAAUAAAGAUGAGAUGUAACUUUUUGUUUGUUUUUCUAUAUCAAUAAAUUGUUUGUUUUAAGUAGUCAAAGUUCACUUUAAUUCGACCUAUUUGUAUAGAGAAAAUCUUGGAUCCUAAAUAUUAAGUCAUAGGCUUUGACCGCACUCUUUCUAAGUUUAAGCAGGUGGUCAUCGUCUGAAACCUUAUAUCAUAAGUUUGCCCUAUUAUCAAAUACUUCAUACCGUACUUGAUCAUUGUAAAGCAUUAUCAGAUAAGUUAUUGUUUUGUGUAAAUAUAUUCAAGAUUGUAUAUUUAACCUCCAUAAUUCUAACUUGUAUUUGGUGUUCCAGAACCAAUCUAAUCAAAACACGUAAUGUUAUGGAUAAGUG